CCUUUUCGAAUCUUUACAAGUUCAGGCACGUUUCUUAAAUAUUUAUAAAAUUUAUCUUUAAAUUAACAUUUUGACAUUCUUCUCUAUUCUAUAUAGUGACUUGCUAUUAAAGCUUGUUAAAAAACAUCAAGAUGGUUACUCAAAAGAAACAAAAAAAGGCCUUAGAAUCCAUCAACUCCCGUUUGGCUUUGGUGAUGAAAUCUGGCAAAUACUGCUUGGGCUAUAAACAAACUUUGAAGACAUUGCGUCAAGGCAAAGCUAAACUGAUCAUUAUUGCCAACAACACUCCACAUUUGAGAAAAUCAGAGAUUGAAUACUACGCUAUGCUGGCCAAAACUGGGGUUCACCAUUACAAUGGAAACAACAUUGAGUUGGGAACAGCUUGUGGUAAAUACUUCCGAGUUUGCACAUUGUCAAUCACCGAUGCUGGAGAUUCUGAUAUCAUCAGAACAUUGCCAGAAGCACAGACUGGUGGAAACUAAAUCAUUCUUAUGUGAACAUUGAAUAAAGUUUCUUAAGAUUGAACCAAA